UCUGACUUUAUGGACGUACAUCUUGGCAUGAGCUAUAUGAAUGUAUGUGAACGGCUGCAACUUUGGAUGAGCCUCUUGGCUGUUUGUCUCCUUCAGUGUGUUUGUUCUGACGAGAUUCGCGGAAUCGUUUUGAUUCAAUACCUAUGUCUAUAUCUUUUGAUUGGUUCCUGCUAAUGUUAGUUGCUUUGCUAGUGGAUUUGCAGUUCUGCUGGUUUGAAGGUUGUGCCUAGGUUUAGCUCCAAUAGCGUUUUUGAUUGUAUUCUGAUUUCACGCUAUUCAGAUGCUUGCUUAUUUAUGCAUUAUUUUGGUAAAAAUUGCAGAGAAAAUUACUGGCAUAAGAGGUAACACAAAUAUUAGAGAUGAGCAAGGGCAUGAACCGCUACUUGAAGAAGAACUUGAAAAAGAGAGCAUUCUUGAAGUCCUUCAGCAAACCCCCACUCAAUAUUCGUUGAAGGAUAUUUGAUCCAUCUGACUGAGUGAUUUCUCAGACCACAAUAAGAAACUAACAAAGAUCGCCUCCUGAGGCCAUAUAUUUCACACUGAAUGCAUUUCUGGUUGGCUACCAAGAUCAAAUAAAUGCCCUAACUGUAAAGCUGACAUGAGAAUCCCAAAAACCCCUUAA